GCCCUAGGAUCUCUGCGCCGAGGCCCGCGGCGGGAGUCACCACGGCCCUGAUCUCGCUGACGCCCUUGCUGCCGACCGCCCGCCCGGGCCUCCCACCAGCCAUGCCGAGGUAGCAUCUCCGAGUCGCCCCACCCGCGACACCCGCUGCAGCCACGGGCCCCCCUCGCGGGCGUGGCCUCCGCGCCCUGGCCCCGCCCCCGCGCCCCCAUUGGUCGGGCCUGGGGUUGGGGGUGCGGGCGGCACCGACGGCUGGGCCGGGACAGAGACUCGGGGGAAUCUCACCACUCGGGUCGCUGCCGGAGCUCGCCCGUCGCCCUCUGCGCUGCACGGACCGCGGCCACAACCAGACAGGCGGGCACGACUGCGACAGACGGAUUGACGGACAGUCCCAGCCCGCGGAGUAGCCCCGGCCUCGAGGCGCUGGCGUCCGCGUCCUCUCGGCCCGGAUCCUGGGCAGGUGCCGCGCGGAAGGCGCUCCGGGAACAGCGCUGAGGCCGCGGACCGCCAAGCCCAGCACCCCACUCGCCGUCGGGGCGUCCCUGGGCCCAGAGGCGGCCGCGGAGCCGAUGCGCGCCCUCUGAGCACCCCCGGCCCACCAUGGCCGCGCGCCCCGGCCCGCUUUGGCUCCUGGGCCUGGCGCUGUGCGCGCUGGGCGGGGAUGGCCCCGGCCCGCGACCCCCUCCCGGCUGUCAUCAGCGGCGUCUGGGCGCCCGCGAGCGCCGGGACGUUCAGCGCGAGAUCCUGGCUGUGCUCGGGCUGCCCGGGCGGCCCCGGCCCCGCGCGCCACCAGCCGCCUCUCGGCUGCCCGCGUCCGCGCCGCUCUUCAUGCUGGACCUGUACCACGCCAUGGCCAGCGACGACGACGAGGACGGCGCGCCCCCGGAGCGGCGCCUGGGCCGCGCCGACCUGGUCAUGAGCUUCGUCAACAUGGUGGAGCGAGACCGUGCCCUGGGCCACCAGGAGCCCCACUGGAAGGAGUUUCACUUUGACCUGACACAGAUCCCAGCUGGGGAGGCGGUGACAGCCGCGGAGUUCCGGAUUUACAAGGUGCCCAGCACCCACCUGCUCAACAGCACCCUCCACGUCAGCAUGUUCCAGGUGGUCCAGGAGCAGUUCAACAGGGAGUCUGACUUGUUCUUUUUGGAUCUUCAGACGCUUGGAGCUGGGGAUGAGGACUGGCUGGUGCUGGACAUCACAGCAGCCAGUGACCGCUGGUUGCUGAAGCGUCACAAGGACCUGGGACUCCGCCUCUAUGUGGAGACUGAGGAUGAUGGAGUCUCACUCUGUCACCAGUCUGGAGUGCAGUGGCACAGUCUCAGCUCACUGCAACCUCUGUUUCCCAGAUUCAAGCAAUUCUCCUGCCUCAGCCUCCUGAGUAGCUGGGACUAUGAGUGCACGCCACCAAGCCCAGCUAAUUUUUGUAUUUUUAGUAGAGAUGGGGUUUCACCAUAUUGGCCAGGAUGGUCUCCAUCUCUUGACCUGGUGAUUCGCCCGCCUCAGCCUCCUAAAGUGCUGGCAUUACUUGCCCAGCCUGAUUCAGGUUUUAAAAGAGAACGCUCUGAGAUGCCCCCUCUCUCAGGAUGGAGCCAAGUUCCCUACGCCUUCCGUGGGCUGCGCUCAGUGACUUCUUGGCACAAUGUGGAUCCUGGCUUGGCCGGCCUGCUGGGCCAACGGGCCCCACGCUCCCGACAGCCUUUUGUGGUCACUUUCUUCAGGGCCAGUCAGAAUCCCGUCCGCACCCCUCGGGCAGUGAGGCCACUGAGGAGGAGGCAGCCGAAGAAAACCAACGAGCUGCCGCAGGACAGCCGACUCCCAGGCAUCUUUGAUGAUGUCCACGGUUCCCAUGGCCGGCAGGUCUGCCGUCGGCACGAGCUCUACGUCAGCUUCCAGGACCUCGGCUGGCUGGACUGGAUCAUCGCCCCGCAAGGGUACUCGGCCUAUUACUGUGAGGGUGAGUGCUCCUUCCCGUUGGGCUCCUGCAUGAACGCCACCAACCAUGCCAUCCUGCAGUCCCUGGUGCACCUGAUGAAGCCAGAUACAGUCCCCAAGGCGUGCUGUGCGCCCACCAAGCUGAGCGCCACCUCCGUGCUCUACUAUGACAGCAGCAACAACGUCAUCCUGCGCAAGAAGCGCAACAUGGUGGUCAAGGCCUGCGGCUGCCACUGAGCCCAGCCCGCCCGCCCUUCUCAUCGGAUUGGGCCCCUCGGAAGCAGGAAACCCUUCAGUGCUGUCACAGCUCAAGCAGGAGUGUCAGGGGCCCUCACUUUCUGUGCCUACUUUCUGUAGGCUUCUGGUCCUUUCGAGGUCCCUCUGUGCCUCUCCCCUGGGGUUUGUGGCUGUCACCCUGCCUGACACUUUGGUGGCCUAAGGUAAACAGCAGUCUUGGAGCCUGUGCUGACUGUACUGUCAGCACAGAAGUCCUAUCUUAGGACCUGUCAGACUGUGGCCGGCCCUGGAUGGUCUGAGGUUGGCUGACGUGAGCUGUGCACCAUCAUCUACCACAGGAUUUUGGGGUGGGGAGAAGGGCUCUGUCCCUUCCCAGGGACAACACGGGCAUUUCUGGGCAUAAUUGGGCAUGCACAUGUUCUCAGUACAGUGUGUUCUUGGAUUUUUCUAAUUUGGUCCAGGCCGCAGUUAGCAUAUUAGGAAAAGAAUAAGCUAGAGGUCCUCAUGAAGCCACCACCGUGGAUUUUUUUUUUUUUUAGCUGGGACUACAGGCACUCGCCACCAAGCGCAGCUCAUUUUGUAUUUUGGUAGAGAUAGGGUUUCCCCCUAGGCUAGUCUUGAACUCCUAACCUCAUGAUCCGCCCACCUCGGCCUCUCAAAGUGCUAAGAUUACAGGUGUGAACCACUGCACCCGACCACUGGGAAUAUUUUAUGUCAUGUGUCUUCCCUUGCCCUGGGCCUCCUCCUUCUCCUGCCUGGGAAAGAGGUAUGACUCCCAGAGGAGCAAAGAAUCUUGGGGGCUUCCAGUUCCCUUAGCCAUCUCCACCAUGCUGAGCUAUUCAGAGCUCAGCACUGAGACAGAGAGGCAAGUCCAGCAGCUGCGAUGUGUGCUCCAGGCUGGUACAGAGCACCCAUUGCCCAUGGCUAAUGUCAGUAAUCAACCUAUGUACCUUUCCCACUGAACCUGGACAGGGCCUCUGGGCCUCAGCACAGAACUGCAGACAGCCACCACCAGGCACUGUCAACAAGACCUGAGUUCCCCCUACUGCUCCCCUAUGGAGCAAUCCAUUCCAUUCAGAGCAGGGUGACUGGCAGUCUCCGGACAGGCAUGGGGCAAGGGUGGGGAUUGCCAGCGUUUGCUUGUGUCUAGGAGUUAAGAACAAGCUGGUCACCAAAAUCGGCGUCACCCUGGGUGCCCAGCAGCACUGUACUGUGUCUUGGGGCUAUGAGUCAAAGAAAAGGUCCCUGUCCCACGGAGUGACAGGCAGUAAUUAGGCUGAGUUGGGUGGGGAGGUUUGUUUCAGCCUCCACUGUUCCCGGAAACCACUGUACUCCUUGGAGCUGCCACUGGGAGUUGGAGUGUUUAUUUGAUUUCUGACUUGCUAAGCCUGUAAUUUACCUGCUGGAACAGACAGAGUCCAGCUGCCCAAACCAUGUCAUUAAAAGCAGAUCUUGGGCCCGUCACAUCCACAGGCACAGCCCGUCAGGGUGGUUCCACCUCCCAUGUGCCCAAGGAUGCACCUCUCUGGAGUUCACAUGCUGCACCCCAGAGAUGGGGCUAGGGAGAGCUGGUCUGGCAGCAGGGGUAGUGGCUGGGGCCAUGCUGUGGGACAGCAGCCCCUCCACUCAGAGCAGGAGGGCCUCUGUGUGCAAGUGCAGAGUAUGAGACCCUUCCAUGUAUGCAAAGGGUGGGCCCAGGCUGUCUGGAAACAGUGAGUUCCUUACUAGUCUAGCGCUUCAAGCUCAGCUAGCAGGGACUGGAAGAGGCACUGGCCUGAAUGUCAGGAGACAGAUAUUCUGGUUCCAACUCAGCCACUGACUUGAUGUCAAGACAAGUCCUCUUUCUUAUUCACGCUUC